GGAGACACAUGACCAUGAACACCACAAGGCCGAGGUAGUGAGUCUUGUUUUCUUGGUUGCCAUCUGGGUUGCCUUGCAAGGUCCAAAGGACAGCUCAGUCAAGGGUCUCUACUGCUUUCCACUCUCAGCUCGGCAGUUGACUUCCAUCCUUUCCUGCAGGAUAUGAAGGCACAGCGUGUUUCCCUCUUGCUCGUGGCUGCUGUGCUCUUCCUGUGCUCAGUGCAUGCCCGAGGUCUGAGAAGAUGUCUGGUUUCCAUGGACAUGCGCCAUGUAGUAGAGAGUUUCCAAGAAAUCAAAAAAGCCAUCCAAGCUAAGGACACCUUCCAAAAUGUCACCAUCCUGUCCACAUCGGAGACCCUGCACAGAAUUAAGCCCUUAGAUGUAUGCUGUGUGACCAAGAACCUCCUGGCAUUUUACGUGGACAAGGUAUUCAAGGACCAUCAGGAGCUGAACCCCCAAAUCUUGAGAAAACUCAGCAGCAUUGCCAACUUUUUCCUCUACAUGCAGAAGGCUUUGCAGCCAUGUCAGGAGCAGAGGCAGUGUCACUGCAGGGAGGAAGCCACCAACGCCACCAGAAUCAUCCACGACAACUACGAUCAGCUGGAGGUCCGAUCAGCGGCCAUUAAGUCUCUGGGAGAACUGGACGUCUUUCUGGCCUGGCUUGACAAGAAUCAUCAAGAAAAUUCUGCUGCCUGAGGACCCACCUGGGAACCUGAAGGCCCAGGGAGGAGCGCGCCCCCCCACUGCCAGGCUUUCUGAGGGGAGGGAGAAGGGGGAAGACCCCGUUUUUAUGCAGAUGAGGGUGAUUUUGAAAAGACCUCCCUUGAGCUUUCGAAUUCUCUCCCCUGGGGCUGGGGUAUUGCAGGGAAAAAUCUAGGUUUCAAGGAUCCGAUUGCACUCGCCAGGCCCACCGGCUGGGCCCGGGGACUGCUGAUCCCACCUGAAAGUAACCAAAUGGUCUGCUGUCAUAUUUAUGAUAAGUAGGUCUGCCGAAACGUCCCGAGGGCCACCAUGGAGGGGAUGGGUCGGCUUCCCCCUAAUUUAUUGUGCAGUUGUUUUUCCCAUGACUGUGAUGGGAACAGAACGAUACCUUGUAGUGCAUAUUGUACUGACCGGUUUUUCCUGAAUAAACUCCGUCCUCUCUCAGUUAGUGGAAGUGUCUUCUCAUUCAUCGAGGGCCAGUCAAGGAAGCGUAGUGGUGAAGAUUAGAAGUGAAAGAAGCCUUAUGGGGCGCCUGGGUGGCUCGGUGGGUUCAGUGAUGGCUCAGGUCAUGAUCUCCCAGUUCGCGAGUGCGAGCCCUGCAUCUGGCUCUGUGUUGCUUGAGAUUCGCUGUCUCCCUCUCUCUCCGC